AUGUCCUUUGAGUUUAUCGACAACAAACUCAGCAUCGAUCCAGCCACUCGAAAGCAGAUCCGGCGCCAUGCGGCCAUGGGGGAAAAUAAAGGCAAAACAAUCGUGCGACCAUCGAGGAAACACGCGUCAAGGACCACUAUAUCUUCAUUUCAUCCCCCCAAGAUAGUAGAAAAGGCACCCGGCCUGGCGAAAGAAAGUUCUCAGAUUGAACGGCCGAUAGGUGAUGGGCUGGUUUUUCCAGCGCCACUGUUUGGGGAAUCGAGGGCGCUUGUGAAGAAAGUCGUUGACUUCCUAUGCGCCACACGACAUGCGCCUCAGCUGAACAAAGCCCUUGACUUGACUGGUCACGCUUCCUCAGUAUGGGUGCGGUACAUGUUUAUCGAUGAAGCCUGCUUUCAUUGCACCGUGGCAACGUCAAUACUGUGCCUCAACAACCUCGUCACCAAGCAAGAGGGUAUCCUGCAAGCGAUGAGUCACAUAUCCCACACAUUCCGCUUGAUCAAUCAACGACUUUCCCGUCAGGAAGCGAUCAGCGAUACGACCAUGGCGGUCAUAGUAAGCAUGGCUCAGUACGAGAGACAUCAGGACCAAUAUCGACGAGGAUUGGUCCACAUUCAAGGUUUACAGAGAAUGGCUCAGCUACAAGGCGGGGUCUUGCAGCUUUUGAAGAGCCAUCAUAUACUUGUCCAGAAAAUGUUGCGUACUGAUCUUGAGUACUCUCUGCAGCUGGGUUCAUCAACGCUAUUUAGCCUGCAGGACGCCAUCAAGGAAAAUGAGAUGAUGAACGAUCUCUACGGGGACCCUAAGCGACAGGAUCGCGCACGUAUCAGCAAAUCCUGUCGGUCCCCUUUGUCGAGAAAACUGCCUGACGAUCUUCAGGACCUCUUCAAUAAUGUGGCAUCCCUUGCCUCAAGACUCAAUGACGCAACGAACGGAGUCGGACCCAAGCUGAAUUCCUGCACCUUUCACAGUGACCUGCUCGUCCUGGGGUAUCGUUUGGGGAAUCUGUACCCCUUGGGUGGGUGCCGUCCCAAAUGCGCAAUUGAGAACACAAUCCAUCUAGGCCUCACUGCAUUUUUGGUUACAUUCUUGCCGGGACUCGACCGUCGCAUUGCUCACAAUGCUCUUCUCUCAAAUUCACUUCUCAAUGCCGCUCAAAAUCUUUCGGAAAAUGCACUAGAUAUUCAGGAAAUGUUACUCUGGAUGCUCUGUAUAGGAGCUGCGUCAUCAUCCCAGCUGGGGGCACAUCCUAUGUGGAUUUCGAGGUUGAUUGAGACUAUGGAUACUCUGAAAUUGGGGACAUGGGAACACGUUCGGGAGAUACUUGAAAAAUACCCUUGGGUCAACACAGUGCACGAUUCAGCUGGAAAAGCCCUCUGGCAUAGAUCAAAUAAAGAAUAUGCUGAGCCGGCUUCAACGUCACUAGGACCUACUAUUCAAGCCCCAACGCGGCCUCAGUCUGGCACAAACUAA